GCUGAUUGGCUGUCGCCGCGGCCGCGGGGUGUCCCGGCCGCCGGCGCUCCCACGGCUCCAUUGACCGCGCGGAGCCGCCGGCAGCGGGACCGGAGCGGGCGGGACGCGAUGAGCUGCGGCGAGCUUUUCCAGGUGUAUAGGGCGAGGGCCAUCGCCCCCCCGGCCAUGCCCGUGGACCUAGCCAUGCGGCUCUGCCUGAGCCACUCGCCCCCCAUCCGCAAGCUGCUGAACUCCUACGAGGAGCUGCGGGGCAACCGGGGGCGCAAACCCCUCCGAUCCUGUCUCAACCAGAAGCCGAGCGCAGAACCCGAGCCUGAGCGGCGAGAUAGCACCAAGAGCUCCAAGGGCCAGAAGAAGAAGAGAGUCGUGUUUGCCGACACGAAGGGGCUCUCGCUGACGGCCGUCCGCUUCUUCUCAAAGAUUGAGGAGGACCUCUGUGACUUGCAGCAUGCCCUGUCUGACCUCGCCUGCUUCCGACCUAGGCUGUGGGACUCAUGCCCAGAAGCGUGCAGGUAUGUGCUGGACUUCCCACAGCCCUCUGCGGACUACGUGACUUUCCGCAGCCGCCUACACAGCAACCUUGUCUGCCUGGAGAACUGCCUGAUCCAGGACCGUGCCCUGUCAGGGACAGUGAAGGUCAGAAACAUCGAGUACGAGAAGAAAGUGAUGGUCCGCAUCAGCUUCGAUGGCUGGAAGAGCUUCCGGGACAUCUCCUGCCAGUACAUGCAUAGCACGUACGGCUCGGCCGACACAGACAUCUUCUCUUUUGAGCUUGCCCUGCCCAAGCCAUCCGUCUCCCGCAGGCCCACAGAGUUCUGCAUCUCCUUCCAGUGCGGACAGAAGACCCACUGGGACAAUAACCACGGGAGAAACUACAAGAUCUGCCACGUGGGCGUGAUCCGCCCUCCCUCCCAUGCCGUGAAGGGUGCCACUGGGGCCUGGGAGCAUCUUGGCACCUCUCGGGCUGCUGCCCUGGUCCUUUCUCACCUGCAGACCUGGCGGCGCUCAGAGACCCAGGCUCCUUAUUGGUAGGAAGGCAGUGUGCGGAGAGGUGUAGGUCCCUUCCAUGUCCCGACUACAGUACAAGGGUCUUUGGGGAGGGGUCAGCUGCAGAAGAUGCUGCUCAUGGUUUUGUUAACUCCUCCAUGUGUUGGGCCUGCUGCUGUACAAGCAGCUCCUGCUCUCCACGGAAGCUUCUUCACUGCUGGCUCCUGCCGUACAGGCUGGAAGCCUGCGUAACUCCUGCCCAUAGGUUCUCGAGGCAACACUAUUGCGAGAGUAGGGGAGUGACAAAGGGACGGCUGCGGCCUGCGGCCGUGUCCGUCGGCCGCUUCGGGUGGGAGCCAGCCCUGUGAGCCGCGGGGGUCCCGGUGCUGCCCAAGUGCCUUCGGUGGGGUCUCAGCAGAGCUGCCGCUCCCGGGCUGCGGCAGCAGCCGCCAGCGGGGCCUGCUGCCCUGGGGGCGGUCCCGAGGAGGGCUCGCCGUGGGGGUGACCGAGCGCGCAGGCCACCGGGCGGGGCCGCCUCCGGUCGUUGUUGCUGUAACGGGGAGUUAAUAAAGUGACGGCGCUUCGCGA